UUGGAGCUCCCUUUUCUUCACCUGGGACUCUGUGGUCUGAUACUUCCCCAGGCUGCAUCUCUGCACUGGGCCCUUCAGUCCUGGAGUUCCUGGAUCUACUCACAUCCACCAUGAAUACCUCCCAAUUCCUGGCCUCCCUCUUCCCAGGAUUCCUACAGGGUGAGAAUGGGACCAAUCCAUUGGAUUUCCUCUACAACUUCUCUGUUGGCUGCCAGGAUUCAGUGGACCUGUUGGCCUUCAUCAUCACCACCUACAGCAUUGAGACCAUCUUGGGGGUCCUGGGAAACCUCUGCUUGAUAUAUGUGACCACCAGGCAAAAGGAGAAGUCCAACGUGACCAACCUACUCAUUGCCAACUUGGCCUUCUCUGACUUCCUCAUGUGCCUCAUAUGCCAGCCGCUCACAGCCACCUACACCAUCAUGGACUACUGGAUCUUUGGUGAAGUCCUUUGCAAGAUGUUAACUUUCAUCCAGUGUAUGUCAGUGACAGUCUCCAUCCUCUCAUUGGUCCUUGUGGCCUUGGAGAGGCACCAGCUCAUCAUCCACCCAACAGGCUGGAAGCCCAGCAUUUUCCAUGCCUACUUGGGGAUUGUGAUCAUCUGGUUUAUUUCUUGCUUCCUCUCCUUGCCCUUUCUGGCCAAUAGCAUCCUGAGUGACCUCUUCCACCACAACCACUCCAAGGCUGUAGCGUUUCUGGAGGACAAGGUGGUCUGCAUUGUAUUCUGGUCCUCAGACCACCACCGUCUCAUCUACACCUGCUUCCUGCUGCUCUUCCAGUACUCUGUCCCUCUGGUUUUCAUCCUGGUCUGCUAUGUACGCAUCUACCAGCGCCUGCGGAGGCAGGGGCAUGCUUUCCACAAGGAUGCUUGUAGUUCACGAGUGGGGCAGAUGAAGCGGAUCAACGGCAUGCUCAUGGCAAUGGUGGCUGCCUUUGCCGUGCUCUGGCUGCCUCUGCAUGUGUUUAACACUCUGGAGGACUGGUACCAGGAGGCCAUACCUGCUUGCCAUGGCAACCUCAUCUUCUUGAUAUGCCACAUGCUUGCCAUGGCUUCCACCUGUGUCAACCCUUUCAUCUACGGCUUUCUCAACACCAACUUCAAGAAGGAUAUCAAGGCCCUGGUGCUGACCUGCCAUUGCAGGUCACCCCGGAGGGAGUCUGAGCAUCUGCCCCUGUCCACUGUGCACACGGACCUCUCCAAAGGAUCUCUGAGGCAGGGUAGCAAGUCUAACUUCAUGUAGUCCUGUCCAGGCUUUUCCUUACUAUUUUCUUUUAACAGACCCUUUCACUUAGCUAAGUAGACACAUUGCAAACCAGGAUAGCAUCCUAUUAUUUUUGACUUUGGGAACAAAGAUAGGCUGGCAAGAGACUUGAAGCUUAGCAUUCAGAUUGUUUAGUCAUUUGCUUCCAGGAAAAUUUUGAAUCUAGAUUCUGUAGAUCACACAGGGAACUGUACAGCCAGAGAUGGCGGGCGCUAACAGCCACUCAGCACAGACGCUGGCCUAAAAACCUUCAUCCACGUCCUGAGCAUUCAGCUAACUUGCCCUGAGCAAUGUGCUAUGCUCUUUCAAGGGAUGCUGGGUGUCCCAGUAGCCUUCGACCAAAGCAGGUUCAAGGAGUUGGAAAUCUGUUUAAUAAAGUACUUGCUGAAAGAACAGGGGCAAUGGGAAUGGGCUACAAUGAAUGUGACUGUCUCAUUUAUGCAGGUCAAAGUUCAUUGCCCCUCCUGGCUGCUGAACUGGGUUCAAGGCAUCCUCAGUGUACACACUAGACAGCUUGUCCUUAGAAAGAAGGAAAUGCCAACAUUGCUCUUGGCCCACACACGACGGGAUAUUGCAGCUCAGUGAAUAUACUAGUAGCAUGGAAGGCCUGCCCCCACUCUGAGCAGUUUUUGGUGGGCUUUCUGGCUUGGUCCCUUACCACGCAUAUGUGCAACCGAUGCCCAGGACAGGUGCUUCUGGUCACCACUUCCUUGUAGCUCAUCUCAGCUUGUAGUCACAUCUCCAGUUUAGCUCUUUUGCUCCUGAAUUUUGAGAUUUCUUUUCUUUUCUUUUUUGAAAUGGGGUCUUACUAUGUA